UUAUUCUAAAUAAAUCACGUGACUUCCGUCGCCCAUUCACUUCGACUUUUGUUUUGACCUAUCCGUAAGAACGAACUGAUAUCGGGAAAACAUAAUGGCAACGGGGCUAGCUAGACCUCUUGCCAGGUCACUUAAGGGUCGCAUGUUUGGUACAGCAGCUGCAGCAAAACCAAAAAAUGCAGAUGAAAGAGAACCAUUGGGCUUUGUGAAAAAAUUAGAGAAUGGUCUUGUUGUUGGCACCAUUGAAUCUAAGUCUCCAAUAGCAAGGAUUGCAGUUGUUGCUAAUGCUGGCUCUCGAUUUGAAACUGGUCAAAAUCUGGGUGUUUCACAUGUUUUGCGGCACCUUCCUAAACUUAGGACUGAAAACUUGUCCAGUCUUGGGAUCAUAAGGAGAUCAUUACAGCUUGGAAGUGACAUUACGAGCCAAGGUAACAGAGAAUACAUCUAUUAUAAAAGUGCUGUCACAAGGAAUGUUGUAGCUCCAAUUGUUGAAAUUCUUCAAGAACUGACUACCAAGUCUAAAAUUGUUGACUGGGAAUUCGAGGACCUGAUAAAUGACCCGAAUGGUUUAAAACUGGAUCUAGCUCUACUAAAGACACAACCUCAAAUUCGUGCAGUGGAAGCCCUUCAUGCUGCAGCUUUUAGAAAUACCCUAGGUAACUCAUUGUAUUCUCCAGAAUUUCAGUUAGGAAAGUUCACCUCAGAGCAGGUGGCGCAGUACUUGAAAACUUAUUUUAGUGCUGGCCGUCUUGCAUUGAUUGGUGUUGGAGUAGAUCAGCAAGUUCUGGAAGACCUAGGCCGCACAUUUGAGCCCUACAAAGCUGCUGGAGCUCCAUCACAACAGGCCGUCUACGCUGGAGGUGAAAUAAGAGAAAACAGUGGCGGUGAUCUAGCUUAUGUAGCUGUCGCCUUCAGUGGUCCAAGUCAAGUCAGUAGUGAUCUUUUGCCUGCUGAAGUACUGAAGCAUGUCUUGGGUGCUGGGCCUUACAUUAAAUACAGUCUAGGAACUACUUCUGCCCUUGGUAAAGCUGCUGCCAAGGCAACUGAUGGCCCAUUUGCUGUUUCUGGUUUCACUGCCAAUUAUUUUGAUGCUGGUCUGUUUGGAUUCACAGCAGUGGCCCCCUCACAGAGUAUUGAUAAGGUCUUAAGAGCUGCAGCCAAAGAGGUGAAAUCUCUUCUGACAUCAGGUGUCUCUGAUGCUCAAGUGAAUGCUGCCAAAAACCGUCUCAAAGCUGAAAUCUGUAUGAAUUUUGAGAAUCCUGAAAAUAUUUUGAGCUGGUUGGGAGAACAAAGUCUUCACUCUAACAGUAUCAUAACACCACAUGAAGUUUAUAAGAUGGUGGAUAACAUAUCAACUGCAGAUGUCAAUAAGGUUGCCAAAGCCAUUGCUGGUUCAAAGCCUUCCAUAGGUGUGACAGGAAAUACUUCAAAUGUACCUUACCUUGAUAAACUCUUCUCUUAAAGUGCUCCAUUGUAGGAACUAUAUAACUAGUAAAUUAUUGACUGACACAUGAUUGUUAACUGACUGGAUUCAGACUGGACAUAAACGAAUCAGUGGAAAUUAGUGUUGACAAAUUAUUUUUGAACUAGUAGGUUUUAUUUUUACACUGUUAAGAAGUUGAUUUUAUUUUGACUCAACUCUAUGGACUGAAGUUGUAUAGACAUCCAUUGGUUGAUAUGAGUGACCUUGUUAUCUUACUAUUUGUGUAGUAUCUGUAUACAUGGUCAUUUUCUAUUCUCAGUUCAGUGGUGACAAGAAUAAACAAUUUAUCACGAUU